GUCAGGACCAUUAAUCCUCUGAGAUGGCGUUACCACUCAGGACUUUUCUCCUGCUUCUCCUCGCUGUGGUUGCUGCUGUUCUCCUGUAUAAAGGAUCUACACAGCAAGAUCCCAAAAGACGUUCUGUUGGAGUACAAAUCGGGGGAACGGCCAUCCUGCCUUUAAAACUCAACACCACGCUGGACGUAGAAGGUGUAAAAGUAGAAUGGUGCCAUGAUAAGGAGUAUGUGCAUGUGUUUGAGAAUGGUAAGUCCUAUCUUGAAUAUCAGAACAAAACUUUAAUAAACAGAGCAUUCCUCUUUGAGGAUCAAAUCAGUGAAGGAAACGUUUCACUGAAACUCAUCAACGUGACUGAGCAGGAUGCUGGAAACUACAAGUGCAGUGUUGUACAUGGCAUGCCACCAAAGAAACAAGAGUUUGAAUUUUAUCUCUUUCUAACAGAUACAGUGGAUGACAGUCCCCACAAAGAUCCACCAGGGAGCCCUAAACCUGAUCCGACACCUACGCCUCAACCUAACCAAGACUGGACUGGGACAAUUGUCAGUGUUGUUGUUGGUGUUGCUGUGGUGGGCUUCAUCGCUGGAGUGUUAUUAUAUAUAUGUAGAGGAAACAGAAACAACCAAAACAAUGCAAGGGAAAUGCAUGACCUGAAUGACCAAAACGUAGACAAUACGGACAACAAAGAUGGCCAAGACAGCCGAGAGGACCAAAACAACCCCAACAACCAGGAUAGCUACAACAACCCAGAUGACCAAGACAGCCAAGAGGACCAUAACAACUGAGAUGUCCAUGAUGACCAAAUCAACCAAGACAAUCAAGACAAUAGAGACGACCAAGACAACCUGGACAAUAAAAAAAUUAAAGAUCUGAGCACAAUGGGAAGCAAAUAAACAAGGAAGCGAACACCCCUGAAGGUUCAGGUUUUCUCGAAGACAUGACAGAGAAAUUGAAACCCUGUCCUGUCCUGAAAACCUCCAUAUCAUGAUUCUGGGAUACUAACACAUCUCACCCAUACUUCAUAAUCUUCACUGGCUUCCUAAUGACGAUCCCCAACUCCUCGACCCCCAAACUUCCAAAAGAAUCUUCUGCUCUGACACCGUGUCUUUGUCCUCUCACCAGCGUGUAAUAAUAAAUAAUGUGGACAUGUAUGUGGACAAGGCUUUGAAAUUUAAGGUGCUAGACAGUAUGUUCAACGCUGUUGAUAAUGUUUUUGAAUGCAUUUCGGUUGAAAUCUGCGAGGAGAAAGAAAAAAAUGUGAGAGUUAACUGUGUUUCUUUGCAUUUCAGAAUAGUUUAGCAGUAGCUUUGAUUGUGUUUUGUAUUCUUAGUUAGUUCCUUCUUGUAACUGUGUUAUUUUUUUUUUGGAUACAUUUUACUUUUGAGUGCUAGAUCGCCUCCUUAGUUUGAAUCCAGUCUUUUGUUUGAAUUUAUAGCCUAUUG